CUCCCGCAGCAGUGCGAGCGCGGCGCGGCCCGGAGCGGCAGCGGCGGCGCCUGAGUCUCUGCCCGGCAGCCGGAGACACGGGGAGCGAGCGCGCGCCUCCUCUUGCACCCUCCGCCCCUCGCAGCCCGGUUCCCCCUGCGCGCUCUCCUCCCCUCCCUCCUUCUCUUCCUCCUCUUACCCCCACCCCCCCAUCCCCUUCUUCCCCUUUUCUCUCUGCCUGGCCGAUCGCUCCUAGAUUCCCAUCCUCCCCCCCACAGCCCCAUCGCUCUCCCCGUCGCCCCCUCCCCUCUUCCCUGUCACACUCUCUCUGCCCCCUCUCUCGGCCUCUCAUUUGCUUGCUCAUCUCCAAACGUGGAUUCUCGGCUCCCGGAGGAGCCUAGCUCCGGGAUCCCGCGCGCACAGAGCACCUGGAGUCCGGCCGGCGGCGGCCCGAGCUUGGCCAAAGACAGAGGCUGCGACAACCCAGGGAACGGUAGCGGGAACCGCGGACACCGCCGGAACCCCAGCGGCAGCGGCCGCGGCCGAGAUGUCCCGGCGAAAGCAGAGCAAACCCCGGCAGAUCAAACGGCCGCUGGAAGACGCCAUCGAAGAUGAGGAAGAAGAGUGCCCAGCAGAGGAGGCCGAAGUCAUCGCCAAAGGAGACUUUCCGUUGGAGGAAAGCUUUCCCACAGGCUUUGCGCCAGAAAACCUGAGCUGUGAAGAAGUGGAGUUCUUUUGUAACAAAGGUGACGACGAAGGAAUCCAGGAGCCAGCAGAAUCAGAUGGGGACAGCCAUUCAGACAAACCAGGGCAGCCUGAAGUAGAGACAGAUGACUGGGAUGGACCAGGGGAGCUAGAAGUGUUUCAGAGAGAUGGGGAAAGGAAGAUUCAGAGUCGGCAGCAGCUUCCUGUGGGAACAACCUGGGGCCCUUUUGCUGGGAAGAUGGACUUGAACAAUAAUUCCUUGAAGACGAAGGCUCAGGUCCCCAUGGUGCUGACUGCUGGUCCCAAGUGGCUUCUGGAUGUGACUUGGCAAGGAGUGGAGGACAGCAAAAACAACUGCAUCGUGUACAGCAAAGGGGGUCAACUGUGGUGCACCACAACUAAAGCCAUCUCAGAGGGCGAAGAACUCAUUGCCUUUGUGGUGGAUUUUGACUCGAGGCUACAAGCUGCUAGUCAGAUGACUCUUACAGAAGGGAUGUACCCGGCCCGCCUGCUGGACUCAAUUCAGCUGCUUCCUCAGCAAGCUGCCAUGGCUUCUAUUUUGCCUACAGCUAUUGUCAAUAAGGAUAUAUUCCCUUGCAAGUCCUGUGGCAUCUGGUACCGGAGCGAGCGGAACCUGCAAGCCCAUUUGAUGUACUACUGUAGUGGGAGGCAAAGAGAAGCUGCUCCAGUGUCUGAAGAAAAUGAAGACAGUUCGCAUCAGAUUUCCAGCCUGUGCCCCUUCCCACAAUGCACCAAGAGCUUUUCCAAUGCUCGGGCUCUAGAAAUGCACCUGAAUUCACACAGUGGAGUGAAAAUGGAAGAGUUUCUGCCCCCUGGGGCGAGCUUAAAAUGCACGGUCUGUAGCUACACUGCUGAUUCUGUGAUCAACUUCCACCAGCACCUGUUCUCCCAUCUCACUCAAGCUGCCUUCAGAUGCAACCACUGCCAUUUUGGCUUCCAGACCCAGAGGGAGUUACUACAGCACCAGGAGCUCCAUGUCCCCAGUGGCAAACUUCCCAGAGAAAGCGACAUGGAGCACUCUCCAAGUGGAACGGAAGACAGCUUACAGCCAGCCACAGACUUGCUGGCCAGAAGUGACCUCGCCCAGAGCCAAAAGGCCAUGCCGACUAAAGAUGCGAGCUCAGACACAGAGCUGGACAAGUGUGAGAAAAAGACUCAACUCUUUCUUGCCAACCAGAGACCAGAGAUACAGCCUGCGUCAAACAAGCAAAGCUUCUCUUACACAAAAAUAAAGUCUGAGCCCUCCAGUCCCAGACUUGCCUCGUCCCCAGUGCAACCCAACAUCGGGCCCUCUUUCCCUGUGGGACCUUUCCUGUCUCAGUUUGCUUUCCCCCAAGAUAUCACGAUGGUCCCUCAGGCUUCAGAGAUCUUAGCCAAGAUGUCCGAGCUGGUGCACCGACGGCUGAGGCACGGGAGUAGCAGCUACCCUCCUGUAAUUUACAGCCCUUUGAUGCCCAAAGGGGCUACGUGCUUUGAGUGUAACAUAACAUUCAAUAAUUUGGAUAACUAUCUAGUUCAUAAAAAGCACUACUGCAGCAGCCGCUGGCAGCAGAUGGCCAAAUCCCCGGAGUUUCCCAGUGUUUCUGAGAAGAUGCCCGAGGCUGUGAGUCCUAGCACCGGCCAGACUUCCAUAAACCUUCUCAAUCCAGCAGCUCACUCGUCGGACCCAGAGAAUCCACUUCUUCAAACAUCCUGCAUCAACUCUUCCACCGUUUUAGAUUUGAUUGGGCCAAACGGGAAAGGCCAUGAGAAGGACUUUUCCACUCAAGCCAAAAAGUUGCCCACCUCCAACAGCAAUGACGACAAAAUAAAUGGAAAGCCCGUUGAUGUGAAAAAUCCCAGCGGUCCCUUAGUGGACGGGGAAAGUGACCCAAAUAAGACUACCUGUGAAGCUUGUAACAUCACCUUCAGCAGGCACGAAACCUAUAUGGUCCACAAACAGUAUUACUGUGCAACACGCCAUGACCCUCCGCUGAAGAGGUCUGCUUCCAACAAAGUGCCGACCAUGCAGAGAACCAUGCGCACACGCAAGCGAAGAAAGAUGUACGAAAUGUGCCUACCCGAGCAGGAGCAACGGCCGCCCCUGGUCCAGCAGAGAUUUCUUGAUGUAGCCAACCUCAGCAAUCCUUGUAGCUCCACUCAAGAGCCCACCGAAGGGCUAGGAGAAUGCUACCACCCGAGAUGCGACAUCUUCCCAGGAAUUGUCUCAAAGCACUUGGAAACGUCGUUGGCCAUGAACAAAUGUGUUCCGGUUCCUAAAUGUGACACGACCCAUUCCAGUGUUUCCUGUUUGGAGAUGGAUGUUCCCAUAGACCUCAGCAAAAAGUGUUUAUCGCAGUCUGAGCGGACGACAGCAUCUCCUAAGAGGCUACUAGACUACCACGAGUGCACCGUGUGCAAGAUCAGUUUCAAUAAGGUCGAGAACUACCUGGCCCACAAGCAGAAUUUCUGCCCUGUCACUGCACAUCAGCGUAAUGACCUGGGUCAGCUUGAUGGCAAAGUGUUUCCGAAUCCAGAAAGUGAACGGAACAGCCCGGAAGUCAGCUUUGAAAGAAACCUGAUCAAAUGUGAGAAGAAUGGGAAUCCAAAGCAGCCUUCUCCCAACGGAAAUUUGUUUUCAUCCCAUUUGGCAACCUUGCAAGGCCUGAAAGUCUUCAGCGAAGCGGCUCAGCUCAUUGCUACAAAAGAAGAAAACAAACAUUUGUUUCUCCCCCAAUGCCUUUAUCCUGGAGCAAUAAAGAAGGCGAAAGGAGCUGACCAACUUUCUCCCUACUACGGCAUAAAGCCAAGCGAUUAUAUCGCUGGUUCUCUCGUCAUCCACAACACUGAUGUCGAACAAAGCACAAAUACAGAAAAUGAAUCUCCUAAAGGCCAGGCCUCCUCAAAUGGGUGUGCCGUGCCCAAGAAGGAUUCUCUGCCAUUGUUGCCCAAAAACAGAGGCAUGGUCAUAGUGAAUGGUGGACUGAAGCAAGAUGAAAGACCUACAGCCAACCCACAGCAAGAGAACAUUUCCCAGAAUGCCCAGCACGAAGAUGGCCACAAAUCCCCUUCGUGGAUCUCUGAGAACCCGUUAGCUGCAAAUGAGAAUGUCUCCCCAGGAAUUCCCUGCGCAGAAGAACAGUUGUCUAGCAUAGCAAAAGGUGUGAAUGGCUCCACCCAGGCUCCCAGCAGUGGGAAAUACUGCCGGCUAUGCGAUAUCCAGUUCAAUAAUCUUUCGAACUUUAUAACUCACAAGAAGUUUUAUUGCUCAUCGCAUGCAGCGGAACAUGUCAAAUGAACUAACUGAGUUACUAAAGAAAGCAGUCACCUUUGGUACCCGUGUUUAGUAUGUUCUUCUAAACAGUCCAGAAAACAAAGACGCUGUUUGAAUUACAUCUGGCAAUCAGGAGAUAAUUCAUUAUGGCUGAGUUGAAGACUUAAGGUGUAAUUUCAUUACAGGCCAUUAGUAAAGUGUAUUAUUGGUGCCAUUUUCAGAAAAAAAAUUAAUUUAUUUUACCAGCAGUAUUCAUAGCUGUGGUUAUGUUAUUUUUAUUUAAAAACUUUAUAUUAAAGUCGUUUGUAAUGUUACUGUAUAGUUAUUGUGUAGCACAUAUGGUUUGCACUGUAUAGUAGCUUUUAAAGAAAAUAGUCACAAACAAUACAAAAGAGCAUUUUAGAAAUAGCUUCAAAAGCACUUGUGUAUCCUGAUUUUUUCUUAUAUGCUGUUGCAGAUAUAUGUAUAUGCUAAAAUAUAACCUGCAAACAUGUUCUAAAUACACAUGCUAUAAGUUCGCCUUAAGAUUUCAAUUCUUGGAUAAUCAGGCUCCAAUUGCACUUUAUAUUUUAGCAGAUACAGUCUCUUAGUCAUUAGGCUUGGCAUUCGUAUGUAGCCGUAUAUUUCUGUCCAUUUUCUCAAACUGAAACAUGUAUGUUAAACGAAGACGGCAUUUCUUUCCUGUAUAGUACUUGUAUUUUUCUUUCGCUGAUGCAGCCCUGUCUCAAUUUUUAAACCUUUGCUGUUAAAUGCAAUACUUUAUAAAGAAUGAACAAAAUUACUGGAAGCAGUAUUGUCAGUAACGGAGUAGUAUUAAUCAGUUUUAUCUUUUGAAAGGCACAGUCUAAAUCGAACCCCUAAACUCAAUGCUGCAAGUAUGAAUUUAAUUCAUAUAUAAGAUCUAUUUAAAUAUAAGAGUAGCAAUACUGCACCUGGUGAUCACAAAGAUAAUGUUCUACUUCUGAUAGAAAUAAUUUCUCAACAAAUGUUGUUACUAUGCAUGUACAUGGAUGGAAUAAAAUUCCAA